GUUCUAGCGGCCGCAAGUACGGAUACCUAGGUGCCCAGAUGUGGAGUGCCGGGGUCGGUCCGCCGUCUAAUAAACCUGCUAGACACCUGGGCAGCGUCACAGCCAAGGGGCGCGCACGUCCGCCGGAACCCCGCUCCAAUUGCAGGAGGGUGUCGGUUGGCAGCUCUCACUUCCUUGUGUACACGAGUACAGGCACUCACUUACUUUGAGCGUCCUCUCAGCCCAUAUCCACACACACACCAGCUUUUGCCAUGGCCUCACAUCUACCCAACCCGGUGGUAGCACCCCCUCAUGUCCACGAGCUGCUGGACCGGCUGCACGCCCGCUCGGCCGAGCAGGAGGCCAAGAUCGACAGCGCCGUGUACAAGACGGCCGGGACGCCUGCCUUUGACGACCUCAUGCGCGACAAGUUCGUCGCCCUGGACCAGGACAAGAGCCAGUUCGUGUACCAGGUGGCGCGCAUGACUGGCGCCACCAGCGUCGUCGAGGCCGGCACGAGCUACGGCGUGAGCACCAUCUACCUCGCGCUGGCCGUGGGGCAGAACGUCGCGGACGGCAGGCCGGGCCCCGGGAAGGUCAUUGCUACCGAGAAGGAGCCGGAGAAGAUCAAGCUCGCGAGGGCGCACUGGAUGGAGGUCGGCCAGGAGGCUGAGCCCUAUAUUGAGCUGCGCGAGGGUGACCUGCUGCAGACCUUGGGCAAGGACUUGCCAGACGUUGACCUGCUUCUGCUUGAUAUAUGGGCACCGCUGGCCCUCCCUACCUUAAAGCUCGUCCAGCCGAAGUUGAGGCCAGGGGCUGUGGUCAUUGUCGAUAACACAAUAUCCGGAGAGGAGCGAUACAAGGAUCUGUUACAGCACCUGAGAGAUCCAGAAAGUGGUUUCAGUAACGUGACUGUCCCAUAUCACAACGGACUGGAUGUCUCGGUUUACCAUCCCAAGAAGUCUGCGUAGACUGAGUUGCCCAGGCGGGGUGAUUCAUGAUACGGCUUUGUGGAAGUCCCAGGAGGCAUCUGAAACUUGUUCAAAAGCGUAUCAAUAGAUUUCUG